AUGCGUUCCCACUACUUGAAUUCAUCACGUUUCUAUAUUGAUUGUCUUAGUUUACUGCCGUUGGAUUUCUUAUAUUUAUCUAUUGGAUACAAAUCUAUCCUAAGGAUAUUUCGAUUGUGUAAGGUGUAUAAAUUUUGGCAGUUUAUGGAUAGAGCUGAACGACACGCAAAUUAUCCUAAUUUAAUGCGAUCAACUAAACUGUUGUUGUAUUAUUUAACUUUUUUACAUUGGAAUGCAUGUAUUUUCCAAUUGUUCAAUUCAACUGCUGAAAGUGUCUUCAUGCUGACUGUUACACCGAAUUCACCGAAUUCAGGUGGAGCUACAACAACAGCGUCAACAAGUACACAAACUACAAGUUUAGGUACAGGAAGUCAUAUUUCACAUAAUACUACUAGCGGUAGUACAAAUAAUCGUGCCAAUAAUAGUAAUCAUAGUACUGUCCAAAAUAAUCAUCACGGAAAUCUAACGACAGUGGCAUGA